GAAAAGGAAAGAUGCACUUGAGAAUAGCUGACGUCGCCUCUGGCGCACUCGAUAAACACGGAGGUAUCCUGAACCUGCAUGCGGGUGAAGAAGUGUUCCAGAGCUGGCUCUGCUUUUUCGCAAGUGAAAAUAUAUGAGUACCCACCGCUGUUGCGUACCCAAUGCACUCUGAGCUCCUACACUGAACAGCACCUAUGAUAUCCGCUCAAAGCUCACGAUGUUGGAACGUAGUGAUUAUUUUUCUUUGCUGGGUGGCGAUUGCCCUCGGUGACCCGAUAGACGUUAGGACCUCUGACGGUUUUGCCCAGCCGGGAUUUGACGGGUACAGAACCGGGCAGGUCCCUUUUCGGUGGAACGUCAGUAACGAUACGUCCUCCGAGAUUCUCUCCAUUCGAUCGUAUGUUCGUACCAUCUUUAACACAUCAGAAUGGGAGGUAGUGGCUCCCCCCGUAAUGGAUUCUGCAGGGGGGAUAUGGUACGCCCUUGGGAACAUGACGUCCCAGAAUGUAGCGCUAAAGCUCAUCCGUCUGGAAGUAAUGCCAAUCGGUCCGCGCCUCCUCUCCAACUUCUCCAUACCUGGGUCGUAUCGCCUCGAUGUAGCACCUGGACGAGCACCUUUCUUUCUUGGAUCAGCAAAAGGCAAUCAAAAUGCAGUCGUAGGCUUGCUUUGGGCGGCAUUGGACCCCGAUGGCCCUGUAGCUGGUGACGUGCUCCAACCUGUAGCGAUUUAUUCAGCUUUUGUUAGCGAAGGGAUAUUGUCGACCAACAAGUUUCCAACGGCCCCAGGGUUCGCUUUUGAUCCGUUAGUGGAUGGAAAAUCGGCAUCAAUGUUUUCGCUGGCUGUUACGCACGGCUAUCUUCAGCCGUGCAUCCUUCGCUACACCCUCUUAUCAAACCCUCCAAUUCAAGAAUGCAAACCCAUUGGCUUCAGUCCCAUUUCGCACCUCCAACUCUCUCUAGCACCGACGCCGGAAGGCUUCUACUUGGUGGGCAAUUCACUUGGAUUCUCGGCUGCAUGGAAUACAUUACCCAUUGGAGCCGGGUUCGCUCCUUCCACGCUUGGCGCUGAUCCGAUUCUGCGCGUUGUACCUGAAUGGAGUGGAAUCGCUUUUGGUGUCGCUCGGGAAUGGAUUCGCGGGUUCAAUGUCUCCGAGUCGGCUUGGCGCCAGAUAUGGGAGGUCCCUGCGUUCGGUGGUGGACAAGCUUUGGUGGGUGCAAACGCUGCCAUGGGGUGGAUAUACGCAUGCGUGAACAUGCGUCUUACUGAUGCGGGGUACGAUGAUGGACGACUGACUGCUCUCACAAACACUACGGGAGUAGAAGGAUGGAAGCUGAGUGAUAAGCUUCUCCAAGAAGGAGGUAUACGAUGCUCAAAUCAGUCUGUUGUAACGUUUUCCGGUGGAGCGCAAUUCUUAGUUUCAAGCUUGGGUGGCGUAAAGGUUUACAGUGUCAAUAACAAUUCUGUCGUGGAUGUGGUGUGGGGGUUCAACUACGGAGAAGUUGGAGCACCGUCGUCACCGUAUCUCAGGCCGCCCAUCGUUUUGUCUGGCAGUGAAGGAGUAAAGAUUUUUAUUGGCGAUGCGGUAAUAUCUGUAUCAGCUCUAUCUGCUGGUGCUGUCACCGAGAGUACCGCCAACUCUGCGAAACUGGGAGAACACGUUAUUGUCGCCCUGAGCGUUAUUGGAUUGGUAAUUUGCGGUGGGCUUCUAGCCGUGCUGAUAACGCUGAAAAGAAGGAGUGAAAAGCGAAAAACGAAAUCGCCAGUAGAAGAAGGGGCCUCCAGUAUGCAUCCCAGCGGUCAACCGUCGAUAGCAGAAGGUGAUUCUACACCAAGCACUAGAAGAGAAACAGAUCCUUCCUUAGACUGGAUUAUGACGAGUACUAUGCUCAACAGUGGUCGAUCGUCAACGAUCUCUUCUCCGCCCCCCAUCAAGGCAAAUCCCCUGCCCACUCCCUCUUUGGUAAUGGGUGAAACGAAGCGUCAUUCGGUCCUUGUCGAAGAUAUUGAAGACAGUGCUAGUAUGCGUGCUUCCAUGGCCUCGGUGGCCCCAUUUGCUUCUCGUUCCGCGAUGAAUCAGAUUGAUGGACUUGACGGCAGAUUGGGAAACAUGAAGCACGCCUGCGAUGAGCAAGAAUUAGCUAGAACUCUUUCGCUUGCUUCUAUAACGGACACCAUACGACCCACAUCCUCCCUCUCCCGUACGUCCAACACAACUUUCGGACCCGUCCCUACAAGUGACGACGAAAGGGCGCUCCAAAGAACCAACUCAACAUCAACAAAGACAAUUGGAACAGAAAGUUUCCACACAGUCCCGCAGUUCCCUAGCGAUAGCGAGAGUGUCCUGCAAAGACGGAGUUCAACGUCAACCCAGACAAUUGACACAGAGGAUUUCCACUCCGCUCCACGCUCUCCAACUCACAGUUUUCUGCAAAGGUCUCAAUCAUUGUCAUCCCAAACAGAGAGUUUCCGUACCGCCCGCACACGUGAAUCCUCUUCAUCAGACGAUACGUUGGACUUUGAUCAAGCGUGGCUUCCACCGGGGACGCCUCGACCGAUAGCAACUCCAAAACGCAACCUAGCUGCACAUCUACCUGAUUUAUGGUCUGGUCAUAGUCAGACGAAUCCGGAUGACCAUGGCACACCCCCUGAUGACAUUGUCGUACGAUCUUCUGGAAAUGAAGAGUGAGAGGUGGCGAGUUUUGGCGGAGGCAUGCAUUGCCAUAACGUUUGCGGGUUGUAUAUAUUAUCCACUGCAUCAUUCACCCUCGUGAGUUGUAUAUAGCUUCCAUUAUUAUACAUGAAUCAUUACAGUAGGCACAUAUUACAUAUAGGCCAUAUUACGAUAAAAGGUAUCAAUAUAGCGAGAAUAAUAG